GAAAGUGCAGAGCAAGAAUCUGAGGAGAAGAGUAUUGAAAAUCAAAGGCAGUCUAGAGACAGCUUGGAUGAUUACAGCGCUGGAGACACCUUCCGAAGAGUGCAAGAGGAUGUUAAAAUCCAAGAGAAAGGCACCACCAACCCUACAUCCAGAGCAGAUCAAGAGAAUGAACAAAAAUCAGACAGUGAUCACAAAGGGGUCACGAGCUCAGUCAGUCAGAGGACAGAAGAAAGGAGGGGCUGUGUGAGAAUGACAAAAAAGAUUCUGCGAGACAUCUGUAAACAGCAGAAAUUAUACUCGACCCCGUACUUAAAUGAUACACUUUACUUGCAUUACAAAGGAUUUGACCGCCUGGAGAAUCUUGAAGAGUACACAGGAUUGAAGUGUCUAUGGCUGCAAUGCAAUGGCUUAACAAAAAUCGAGAAUUUGGAGGCUCUGACAGAGUUGCGUUGCCUUUACUUGCAGCUCAAUUUAAUUAACAAAAUUGAAAACCUCGAACCCUUACAAAAGCUGGAUUCCCUCAAUAUCAGUAACAACUACAUUAAGACCAUUGAGAAUCUCUCUUGUCUGAAAGUCCUGCAGACUCUGCAGAUCUCUCACAAUAAGUUAGAAGCAGUAGAAGACAUCCAGCACUUGCAAGAAUGCCCAAGUAUUUCUGUUCUUGAUCUUUCCCACAACAAUCUCAGUGAUCCAAGUAUUAUAACUGUUCUGGAGACCAUGCCUAAUUUGCGUGUGCUGAAUUUAAUGGGAAACCAAAUGAUAAAGAAAAUUGCUAAUUAUAGAAAAACACUUACUGUCCGACUGAAACAACUAACAUAUCUGGACGACAGACCAGUUUUCCCAAAGGAUAGAGCCUGUGCAGAAGCCUGGGCUGCUGGAGGGCUUGAAGCUGAGAAAGCAGAAAGGGAAAAAUGGGAAACCAGAGAGAGAAAAAAAAUCCAAGAUAGCAUCGAUGCUUUAGCAGCAAUCAGGAGAAGAGCAGAGGAAAAGAAAAGACGACAGCAUAUGGAAGAAAGAGGUGCAAGUGCAAAAGGUGGAAAUGGAGGUGCAACAGACAUCCUAGAAGAAGCACCUGCAAAUUCAGGUGACACCGAUGGAUAUUCUAAUACAUCAGAGACUUCAAAUAUACCAGAAGAGGAAGAAACUCAGGAGAAGACUGAGAAAUUUAGAAAUGAAAGUUUUGAUGCUCGUGAUGAAGUGAUAACACUUCUACCAAAUAGGGGAGAGAAAGCAGAUUUCACAUCUAGAACUAUCACUGCUAGAAUUCAAGAGGAUGCACAAGAAUUAAACUCUUGCCAACACUCAAACAUCAACAAGACGACAGACGAUUUACCAAGAGAGAAGGCAGCUACUGAAGAGGCCGUGCUUCCUGAGCUGGAUGAACAUGCUGGAGCUGAACAGAUCAAACCAGAGACACCAGAGAAACUUUAUCUUGACGAUCUGCCUGAUUUAGAAGAUAUAGAUGUAAAUGAAUUUCUCCCAGAAGAGGAAAUCUUUGUUCAAAAGNNGGAAUAUCACCCAAAGAUUGAAAUAAUUUCUGAAAUUAAAAAUGACAGUGAUUCUGCAUUAGAGGAAAACAAUAAAAGCAUGUUUGAGAAUUCAGUAGGAGAAGAAGUUCCAGCAGCAAUUUUUUCCAAUGUGUGUAAGACACACAAAGAGCAUGAAAAGGAGCACUUGAGAUCCCUUGUUGAAAGCUUCUUUGCAGAGCCUGCUCCUUCAGAAAGAUCCCUGGAGAUCAAAGAUAAACAAGCAAUCCCCUCGAAACCCUUGAUACAAGAGAUUGUCACUGAGCCCAAGGACAAUCUACUGUUGUCACCGGCCUGCAACCAACCAGGUGACCCGAGCCCAUUGGAAGAGGAUGGGAAUGGCAGCGCUGGAGAAGGAGAGUGCCUGGCUGAGGGUGAAGGAUGUCCUCACCAAGCACAAGACAAGGACAGUGAGAGUGGAUUAGAUUAA